UAUUUACAAAUUUUCAAUUUGAUUGAUUUUGCCCAUUAUAUAUAUAUAUAUAUAAAGCUAUUUUCGACGAUUUCCCAUCAAAAUCCCUAACCUCCGCGCGCCGCCGCCCUGCCCUUUUCUCUUCUCUCUUCUCUCAUUCUUCUUCUCAACAAGACUCCUUCUUCUUAGAUCUCCAUCCUCAGUCUCUUCUCACGGAUUUUCCGCAACAUGCCUAUCCACCUCUUCUGAGAUUGUAUCAUCUCCGAAAUCUGCUUCGUUGCCUUCUAAUGCUGUUCAGCUCAAUAACAAAGGGAAGGCUGCAAUUGAUUUACUUGCGAAUCAUGGAUUCUCUGAAUCACAAAUCUCUUACCUUGCCAACAGCCUUUAAUUACCUUCAAGCCGUGCUUGGAAGUGAGGAGAAGACUCUGGCUACCAUAAAACAUUCUGUGAGUAUUCUCUCUAAGGAUCUUCGAAUUUGUCUUGGUCCCAAUAUUGAAAUUCUGAAACAAAUUGGAGUGCCGGAUUCAAAUAUUUUAAAAUAUCUUCAGUACCAGCCUAGAGUGUUCUUGACAAAUUCCAUCCAAUUCAAGGAGACUGUAGAGAGAGUUAAGGAAAUUGGAUUCAACACUCAACAAUUGCAUUUUGUUGAUGCUGUUUUUUGUCUGCGAUCAAUGACCAAAUCUACAUGGGAUAAGAAGGUUGAAGUUUAUAGGAAAUGGGGAUUAUCUGAAGAAGAGAUCCGUGUAGCUUUUAGAAAGCAUCCACGGUGUAUGACAUUUUCUGUGGAUAAGAUUAAUAAUGCAAUGGAUUUUCUUGUCAAUAAAAUGGAAUACGAAUCAUCUUUCCUUGCUGAAAGACCAAUUUUACUUCAACUUAGUUUGAAGAAGAGGCUUUUGCCUAGAGGCCAUGUUUAUGAAGUUUUGCUGUCAAAGGGUUUGAUUAAAAAGCACCAGAAUCUUCCUUUCAUGUUGAAGUCUCCUGAAAAGCAUUUCAUAGAAAAAAUCAUCAACCCUCAUAAGGAGCAGAUUCCUGGAUUGUUGGAGUUGUAUGAGAAGAAGUUAAUAGAUUCUAGUAGAUGAACAGGUUCGAUCUCCUUGAAAUUUUAAUAACUAAACUGUCUUGUUAGUUGAUAUGUGUAGUAGAUUGAGUUGGUAUCCCUAUUUUUGUCCAUUCUUGGUUUGCAUCUCCUUUACGGCUUCUGCAUUCGUAUUGUGUUAACGUAAAUAUAAUUUUUUUGAGAUCACAUCCUUGUUUAUUUUAUGCUUA